CAAACUCAGAAUUGAAUAGGCGGAAAGAAACAUUUUAACUACAGCACCAAGAACAAAACUAACUUCCUCAACUGUUUCUGAGAGAGAGAGAGAGGGGGAUGGAGCAAGGGCAAGUCUUUAUACAUAUCUUCAUCUGUCUCCUUACUCUCCUCUCUUGCAUCCUUGUCCUGAAAGCCAAGAGAAUAUUUUCAUACAUGUCCUUAAUCCUGAAAAAGGAGAAAGUAGUAACCUGGCGAAAGUCUAGGCUCCCUCCAGGCUCAAUGGGGUGGCCUUGUAUAGGAGAAACUCUGCAACUUUAUUCUCAAGAUCCCAACGUCUUUUUUACUGAUAGACAAAGAAGGUAUGGAGAAGUCUUCAAGACUAACAUUUUAGGUUGUCCUAGUGUGAUGCUGGCUAGCCCUGACGCAGCUCGAUUUGUGUUGGUGACUAAAGCUAACUUAUUCAAGCCUACAUAUCCCAGGUGUAAGGAGGUUUUGAUAGGCCCUUCCGCCCUGUUUUUCCACCAAGGAGAUUACCACAUGCGCCUGAGAAAGCUGGUGCAAAGCUCCUUAUAUCCUGAGGCUAUUCGUAAUCUUGUCAAUGAUGUUGAAGCUAUUGCAAUCGCUACGUUGGAGUCCGUUGCAGGGGGCCAUGUUCUUAACACUUUUGAUGAAAUGAAAAGGUACUCAUUCGAAGUGGGCAUUCUCGCUAUUUUUGGUCAUUUGGAAGCCCCACGUAAAGAAGCAUUGAAGGAAAACUAUAGCAUUGUGGAUAAAGGUUACAAUUCUUUCCCAACAAAAUUUCCUGGAACUCGUUACAGAAGGGCCUUACAGGCAAGGAAAAGGCUAAGUGAAAUCCUCAGCACGAUCAUAAGUGAAAGGAAGGAACAAAGAACACCUGAGAAAGACCUGUUGGGAUGUCUUCUGAAUUACAAAGAUGAAAAUGGUGAAGUCCUGAAGGAGGAUCAGAUUGCAGAUAACAUCAUUGGUGUUCUAUUUGCCGCCCAGGAUACUACAGCCAGUGUCAUGACAUGGAUAGUCAAGUACCUCCACGAUAACCCGAAACUUCUGAAGGCUGUAAAGGCCGAACAGAAGGCUAUCUACCAAUCAAAUACCAAAGAACAUUGUCAGUUGACAUGGGCUCAGACUAGAGAGAUGCCAUUAACUUACAAGGUCAUCUUAGAGAGCUUAAGAAUUGCAAGCAUUAUAUCUUUCACAUUUAGGGAAGCAGUAGCUGAUGUAGAGUACAAAGGGUACCUUAUUCCAAAAGGUUGGAAGGUAAUGCCUUUGUUCAGGAAUAUUCAUCACAAUCAAGAAUUCUUUACUGAACCCCAGAGAUUUGAUGCUUCAAGAUUUGAGGUUGCCCCAAAGCCCAACACUUUUAUGCCAUUUGGCAGCGGAGCACACGCCUGUCCUGGUAAUGAGCUUGCAAAGCUGGAAAUGCUCGUACUGAUCCACCACCUAGUCUCCAAGUUCAGGUGGGAAGUGGUGGGAUCUAAUAAUGGAGUUCAGUAUGGUCCAUUUCCGGUCCCUCUGCGUGGACUCCCAACCAGAUUAUGGAAAGAAUCUACCGCCUAGCACCAAAGGACAAGAAGGAGCAGCCUGGCUUCUUGCGACGGCACAUCCAUCCCCUUCAUCGAAUUUUAUCAAUUAGAUUCAGUUAGUACAAGGAAAUUCUCUCUAACUCUAUCCCAUCGCAAAGGAAAUCGGGAAUAGAUUAAAGAUCUCCCAUUUUCUUUCAAUGAUGACAAGUUAUGUUCUUCAUUCUCAUUUCUCAAUCAAGAAUUUCAUUUUACAUCUC